GUACCCUAGGAUCUACAGAGUCAGAGGGCUGACCUGUGGGGCCCGACAAGCCAGGCUCCUGCCUCCUUGCUGUGAGCUCUGCUGUUCUUAUGGGAGCCAUGAAGCUGAAUGAGAGAAGCGUAGCCCACUAUGCACUGAGCGACUCCCCAGCAGACCACACGGGCUUUCUACGCACUUGGGGUGGGGCAGGGACUCCCCCGACUCCCAGUGGCACUGGCCGAAGGUGCUGGUUUGUUCUCAAAGGCAACCUGCUGUUCUCCUUUGAGAGCCGAGAGAGCAGGGCCCCGCUGAGCCUGGUGGUGCUGGAGGGCUGCACGGUGGAGCUGGCCGAGGCUCCAGUGGCUGAGGAGUUUGCCUUCGCCAUCCGCUUCGAUGCCCCCGGCGUGCGUCCACACCUGCUUGCGGCAGAUGGCCCGGCGGCCCAGGAGGCCUGGGUGAAGGCGCUGUCCAGGGCGAGCUUCGGCUACAUGCGCCUGGUGGUGCGCGAGCUGCAGAGCCAGCUGCGCGAUGCCCGCCACAGCCUGGCCUUGCAUCGCCACUCAUCCUGGACGGCCGUGAGCAGCCGCCCGAAGCCCCAGGCUCCCGACCGCCGGCCUCCGGGCCUGGAAAACGGCCACGCCCUCUCCAAGGACUGCAGCCCUGUGGACUGGGGUGAGGAAAGGGGCGGCAGGCCCGCAGGGCGGGGCUUGGCCGAGAUGCAGGGCGCUGCCAGCCUCUUCCUGGGCAGGGGCCAGAGCCCCCUGUGCCCCGAGACCUCCUACUUCUCCGCGCUGCACAGCUGGUACGGCCAGGAGAUCUCGGAGCUGCGGCAGAGGUGGAUGCAGAGGGCCCGCGCGGGGGCAGGCGGGACAUGAGAGGCAGGGUGGGCACUGAGCCUUGGCUCUUCGGGUUCUGCCAUCAUCCUGCUGGUCAGGACACCAGGGCCAGUGCUCCUUCAGAAAUUUGACGUUUUUUUCUUUCAAAGUUGCUUCUUCUUUUUUUUUUUUUUGGAGAAGGUUCUCUUCUUCCUGCUUCUUAGGCCUCCAGGCUCCAGGUCCACCCUCGUGGCUGGAGGGGGGCCAAGGAAUCUUUUCUUCCAACCCCUUUACUUCCCGAGGCCCAGAGAGGAGACGAGGCUUGCUCGGCAACCGCAGGGCCGGACCCAAGUCUCCCGACGGUGCUGGACUGCCCCGCUCUCGGGGAAUAUUAAUGAAGUGGAGGAAGUGCGGAAUAUUAUUACAUGGCCACAGGCCGCCCUGCCUCAUUACCUGACACAACAGACUCUACAGCCACAACUUCUAACACUGGGAGUCGCGUGGACAUUUAAAUACCGGAAGUUGGCUGAAAUGUUGACUCGAGGGACUGACACUGUCAGAGAAAGUGGAUGGAUUGUCACGGGGGGUUCUGGGGCCCAGCUCUUCGAGCGGUGGGAAGAUUGGGCAUAGGAACCCCACUCUGCAGCUUGGGUGGGGCCCUUUGGAGGGACAGGGCUUUCGGCCAACGAAGAGGGGUUGAUUCUGCUCGGGAAGUGCUGGGGUCCCGUCAUCUCUCCCUGGCUGCCCUGUCUAUAGAAGGUGCUGGGGGCUUUUAUUGGUCAGCAGGAACGCUUCCUGUUUUCUGUCUUUAGCAGCCAGCUCCUGGAGCUGCCAAGUGGGAAGCUAAAGAACGGGGGAGGCAAUGUGGCUCCCUGGGGAAGCCAGGUUGUUAUUUUGGUUCUCAUUCUGGGGCAUUCUGGGAGUCUGGACACAGGAUUCCCAGCGCCCUGUGAUAAACUCUUCUCUCCUAGCUGCUCCCAAUCCUGUUCCCGAUCCCAAACCCCUCCUAGGAACUCAUUCGCCAUCCCGUGUGCCAGCCAGCGCCUAUCUGCCGAGACCCCUCGCUUGCUCCUCUCAGCAGCCUGGUGCCAAGUGUUUUAUCGAUUGUUUUGGGAGCAACGUGGGUGCCUCUAGAAGAGCCAGCAGCCAGACUGGCCCGAGCCCCAGAGGCGUGGCAGCAGCGGCUGGAUGGAAGAUGCAGAGCCUGGUCAAGCCGUGCUCCCUCUGCAUACACACAAUCUGCCCCUUCUUAGACCUUGGGUAAGCUGACCAGGGCCCAAGUAGGUCCAGAGGCUGCGACGGAGACCCUCCUAGGUCCAGCACGCCCAGAGGCCACCCAGAGUCCAGAACCGGUUCCUGCCAGGCUUGUUUCCCAGGUAGAGGGGCUGCCUUGAGGACCCCGAGCAGGACCCCCACAGCCCACUGCGCCUUGUUUUCUACACAGACACUAUGUAUGGGCUUUUGUUAUCUUUCUUAUGGUUACACAGUGUUUUUUUUCUAUGAUUAAAACAUUACGUUUUUAUUACUCAUUUUGGUUCCUCAGAGUUUAACAACCACUUGACCGGUUAGUUUGUGCAAAAGCCCCCCAUUUCUUCCCUUCAGUUAUAGUUUCCAUUUGCCUAUACAGAACGUAUACCUCGGCAAGAAAUAAA